AUGUCUUACCCAGCAUCACUGAGUACAAAGAUCAUGAGAAGAAACAGAAAACCAAGAGAAAUACCCCAGUUACUGGAAAUGUUGAAUUUGCAACCAGCUGUAAAGUACCAACUGUUGUUCAGAAGGAAUCAAAAGAAUGAUCCUGAAGCAUUUAUGAAUAAUAAUGAACUUAUUACAUACAAAGGGUACCCCAGCAAGGAGUACAAAGUAAUGACUGAAGAUGGUUAUAUCAUUACUAUUAACAAAAUCUCCUAUGAUACACGAAAUCAGGAAAAUGCAAAACCUGCUGUAUUUCUCCAACAUGGACUACUGGGAGAUGCCAGUAACUGGGUCACAAACCUGCUCAACGGCAACUUGGCCUUCAUGUUAGCUGAUGCUGGCUAUGAUAUUUGGAUGGAAAAUAGCAGAGGGAAUCGCUGGUCCAGAGAACAUCAAAAUUAUUCCACUGAUCAAGAUGAGUUCUGGGCUUUCAGUUUUAAUGAGAUGGCCAAGUCUGAUCUUCCAGCAGCAAUAAACUUCAUUGUGAAGAAGACUGGACAGGAAAAGCUAUACUAUGUUGGUUAUUCACAAGGCACCACCAUUGCUUUCAUUGCUUUUUCAACAAUGCCAGAAGUGGCACAGAAAAUCAAACUCUUUUCUUUGGCACCUGUCACUGCUACUAAGUAUGCCAGAAGCCCAGCAAUAAAACUCCUUUACCUUCCUGAAAAACUGCUCUGGGGUUUGCUUGGCAAAAGAGAAUUCCUUACCCAGACUGAAUGUCUAAGAGGCAGCCACCAUGCUUUUGCCAAGCUUUGUAGAAAUGUCGUCUUCAAUGUACAGGGCUAUAACAUGAAUAACAUUGACAUGAACCGGGUCAAAGUGUAUAUUGCACGAACUGAUGCUGGAACUUCUGUGCAAAACAUAAUCCACUGGAGUCAGGAAGCCCAUUCAGGGAAGUUCCAAGCUUAUGACUGGGGCAGUUCAAAGAAGAACAUCGAGAAAUACCAGCAGGCUACUCCUCCUCUAUACAAAUUAGAACAGAAUUUACCAACUGCAGUAUGGACUGGGGAACAAGACUUGCUCGCAGAUCCCAAGGAUGUGGCCAUUUUACUUUCUCAGAUUAAGAGGCUUCUCUAUCACAAGAUGAUUCCUGAAUGGGCACACUUGGAUUUCAUCUAG